ACAACAAACUAAACCUUAGGUCAUCCCUGUGAGUGAGACAAACCAUUUUCCAUAGAAAUGGAGGGUGUCAAAACCAAGCCCCUUCUUCACACACUUAGGUUCUCCCCUCUCAUUGCCCCGAACCGUGUUUUCGCGGUAGUAUACACGUGUGCCAUUUUGGCUCUCCUCUAUCACCAUGCAAUCACUGUCUUCCACUCCACCACCUUACUCUCCUUCUCCAUCUCCAUCACCUUAUUAAUUUCCGAUGUAAUUCUAGGGUUCAUGUGGGCUGCCAAGCAGUCUUUUCGCAUGAAUCCGGUCCAUCGCCAAGUUUUCCCGGAAAAUCUUGAGAAAAUCAUGAAAGAAAAUGAUUUUCAAGCUUUGGACAUAUUUAUAUGCACUGCAGAUCCGUAUAAAGAGCCACCGAUGAGUGUCGUGAACACGGCCUUAUCGGUCAUGGCUUAUGAUUACCCGACUGAGAAGCUUUCGGUCUAUGUAUCGGACGAUGGAGGCUCUGCCAUGACUCUCUUUGCUUUCAUGGAAGCUGCUAAGUUUGGAAGCCACUGGUUACCCUUUUGCAGGAGGAACAAGUUAGUAGAGAGAUGCCCCGAUGCGUAUUUUAGAUCAAACCAUCAUCAGAACUCUGAGGUUGAACAAAUUAAGGUUCGAGUAUCAGGAAUCAUGACAAAUGCUCCUAUAAUCCUGACCCUAGAUUGUGACAUGUAUUCUAAUGAUCCCCAAACGCCUCACCGCAUGUUAUGUUUCUUCUCGGAUCCAAAACUUAGGCCCAAUUUAGGGUACAUUCAGUUUCCUCAGAUCUUUCAUGGGCUCAACAAGGACGAUAUUUAUGCUUGUGAGUUUAAAGGCUUGUUCCAAACCAAUCCUAUGGGACUAGAUGGCCUGCUAGGCCCGAAUUAUGUUGGGACUGGAUGCUUUUUCUCUCGCCGAGUCUUUUUUGGAGGCCCAUCAUCUUUUUUGGCUCCCGAAAUCCCCGAAUUGUGGCCAGACCACGUUGUAAGCAAGCCCAUCCAGGCCCAACAAGUAUUGGCAUUGGCACACCAGGUUGCAGAUUGCAAGUAUGAGAACCAAACCAAUUGGGGUUCCAAGUUGGGCUUCAGAUAUGGGUCACUGGUGGAGGACUACUAUACUGGUUAUAGGCUGCAAUGUGAGGGGUGGAAGUCUGUGUUUUGCCAUCCAAAUAGAGCAGCAUUUUUAGGGGAUGUACCCAUAAACCUCAAUGAUGUCCUCAGUCAAACCAAGAGAUGGUGUGUGGGCCUACUUGAGGUGACCUUCUCCAAAUAUUGUCCAGUAACUUUUGGUUCCAAGGCUAUGGGGCCUCUAAUGGGUCUUGCCUAUGCACACUAUGCUUUCUGGCCCAUUUGGUCAAUUCCAAUCACCAUGUAUGCUUUCCUGCCUCAGCUCACUCUCCUCAAUGGAAUCUCCGUCUUCCCUAAGGUUUCGGAUAACUGUUUUUUCUUGUACAUUUUUCUAUUUAUUGGGAGCUAUGGACAAGAUUGUCUUGACUACAUCUUAGCCAAAGGAACAUUUCAAAGGUGGUGGAGUGAUCAAAGGAUGUGGAUGGUGAGGGGAGUCACAUCUUACAUGUUUGGAUUAAUAGAAUUCAUAUCGAAGUACGUAGGCAUUGCCACACAGGGAUUCAAUGUCACCAGCAAAGUAAUAGACAAUGAACAGGGCAAAAGGUAUGAUCAAGGGACAUUUGAGUUCGGAGUUGAGUCGCCCAUGUUUGUGUCACUAGCAGUAGCAGCAAUAAUCAAUUUAAUUGCAUUUAUUGGAGGGUUGAUCGGAGUUUUGAGGGGCAAGAACUCAGAGGGACUGUUUGGUCAAUUGUUGAUUUCGGGUUUUGUGGUGUUGAAUUGUUGCCCAGUUUAUGAGGCUAUGGUGUUGAGGACUGAUAAAGGAAGGAUGCCUACUAAGACUACCAUCAUUUCCACAUUUCUUGCAUGGGCUCUAUACACAGCAGCUUCUCUUAUACUAAAGAUGUGAAAUUAAAGGGGGGGGUUAUAUUGUUUUACUUUUCAUUUUAUAGAAAAUGAAGAGAUAGAGAACUUGAAUUGCAUGUAAUCCUGAUUAACUAGGGACAUAAUUUGGGGAAUACUGGUUUAUUGUAAACUACGUGAUUUUGUCGGCAUUAUUGCCUAUUUAAGAUUGUGUUUGGCCUCGUGAUUCAUAAUAA